ACAUAGUAUUUGAUUCUCCGUAGCCUCAAAUGGUGAAGAAAGUCGCUCCAGCUGUUGCCCAGGAAACCAUGAAGGCGGAGCCUGAGAGUAAGGCCAAAGCAAAGGAGUUUUGCAAAGUAAUUUUCCCGUACGAAGGUCAGAACGAAGAUGAGCUGUCAAUCAAAGAGGGAGACAUCGUUACGAUUAUCAAUAAGGAGUGUGCAGACGCUGGUUGGUGGCUUGGAGAGCUAAACGGCAAACAGGGAGUGUUUCCAGACAACUUUGUGAAGUUAUUCAUUCCUGAGGUAGAAAAAGAGAGACCUAAGAAACCUCCUCCACCUGCAGCACCAACAACUAAACAGAUCACAGACAAAAAGACAGAGGCUAAAAAGGUUCCACCAGAGCGGCCUGAAUCUCUCCCACACAGAGCUGAGGAAAAAGGUGAGGAGUCGAAGCUGGGUGAGAUUGCAAAGCCGUCCCUCCCAGUUGUCCUCCCAAAGAAGCCUCUCCCCCCGAAGAACAACAACUCAUUGAAUCGACCGUCAUCCCUGCCACCCAAACGCCCAGACAGACCCGAGAGACCAGCAGUGCCCAAUAUGCCGUGUGACAGUCCGAAGUCUGACGGCAGUGGUGUGGCAGCUGACCGAGGCUCUGCAGACAAAUCCGUAGAUAUCGAUGUAGAAGACUUCGACACCAUCGUCUCAUCCACAGAGAAGCUGAACCACCCGACCGCAUCACGGCCCCGUGUAAUGGACCGACGGCCAAGAUCGCAGAUCUUCACGUCUUCCUCUCCCUCUAGUCCUGACCUCCUGGACUCCCCAUCUCCAGAGGAGGAGAGGAGAGACAAGGAGAUGGGAAAGGAGGAGCAGGACUCAUUCACUCCCAAAACUCUUGACAACUCCAAGAAGAUGCCCAAGGCAGUGCCAGUCAUAACAGUUCCUGAAAAAUCAUCUUUGCCCCCUAAGCCCAGUGUCCCUCCAUCAUCUUCUGGGUCCGGAGGGGCUUCUCUCCACCAGGGCAGCGCUGGUCUGCGGCCCCAUUCCCCUUCUGUUGACGUCCGAGUGAAGAACGAACAGGGUGCCACAACGCUGGAGGAGCUCAGAGCACAAUUACGAGACCUGAAAGGAACUGUGGAGCUCAUGAAGAGCCAGCACAAACAAGAAAUCAAACAGCUGGUGAGUGAACUGGAUGAGGAGAAGAGGAUUCGCAUAUCACUGCAGAUGGAAGUGGAGCAGAUUAAGAAAUCCCUGUCCAAAUGAACUCAAGCAAGAUGAAGGGUCAGGCUGAGGUUCCACACCACAGUCCAAUUAGAUUGUGCCAAAAAAAGAACAACAAUGUAUCAGAACAAUUGCAUAAAGAAAACAACUGUUUACCCCCCCAUUCACUUGUACUCUUUCUGCUUUCGUUUUUUAAGAAGCUUUUUUUGCGUGUUAUGCUCAGACUGGCCGCUGACUCACAGACCCGUUGCCCAGGUGUGGCCUUACUGUGGGUCAUGUGAUUAAAGGUUGGUGAUGACCCACACCUGGAGACAGGUGAUCGCGGUCGACAUGGGGAUUAGCUGGUCUCCUGCACAACUGUGACACAGUUACCCCAUCAUCAACCUCUCUGGUACUGCAUCUGAACGCUAGUCAGAGAACACAACAAAUGAAGGAGAAACCAGUGCGUUUUACUUAAAUACUGUUCACUUUAAGUUCUUUUCUUUUGACUUGGAGGCCUUCAGUUAUUUUCUUUAUAUGCAAAGGUGCAUUUAAUUUCACACCCCUUGCGAUUUCCACAGCAACCCCACAUUGAGGCCUUGUUUAUUUGGAGCUUUCCAAACUCUUCUGUCUUUCCUAUUUCUUUUACAUUGGUGAUGACAAUGAGAAAACUCACGUUUUGUUUUCUUGACUCGGUUAUUUCUUUGAAAUCUUCUAUAUAUUCUUUUAUUUUAUAAUGUACUAAAUGCAAUUAUGUGUGCAGAUUUUAU